UGCUGUUUUCGUUUGGUAUAUAGACUGUAUUCAGAUAAAAAUUUGAUUAUUUUGAAGACUGACGCUUUUAUUGCAGAAGUCUUCGUGAUGUCUCCGCUUGUUGUGCUCGCCAUUCUCCUUGGCUUAGCUAUUGCUGAUGACAAGCCUUAUUCAGGGCAUAAAGUCAUUCGUGUGAUACCGAAAAAUGCUGGAGACAUACAGUUCCUGAAGGAAUUUGGACAAGAUGAAGAGGUUGAUUUCUGGAGUGAACCAAGUGAGGCAGGUAGUCCUGUUGAAAUCAAUGUUGGCCGACAGCACUUUGUGAAGCUUUCAAAAGGCUUAAAACGCCGUGGAAUGAAGUACGAGUUGUACAUUGACGAUGUCCAAAAGGCAAUUGAUAACGAGAAUAAAGGAACCCAGCAUUUAUUCAGCUCAAUUGGCUUUGAUUAUGCCAAAUACAACACUCUGUCCAGCAUCAAUGCAGAACUGAGCAACUUGGCUAAUCAGUAUUCGAACAUUGUAUCUAAGUUUGUUAUUGGAACAUCCUAUCAGAAAAGAAGCAUGUAUGCCAUGAAGAUCCAGUCACAGAAAAUAUCAUCCAACAAGAAAGUGAUUUUCAUUGAUUGUGGUAUCCAUGCAAGAGAAUGGAUCACUCCUGCCACAUGCAUGUACAUGCUUAAACAGCUUUUGGAGAAGUACACAGCCGGGGAUCGUGAAGUCAUGCAAUUAGUACAGAAAUACGAUUGGGUGAUUCUGCCGGUCUUCAAUGUCGAUGGUUACGAGUACACGCACAAUGGAAGAAGGCUGUGGAGGAAGACUAUGUCAGACAAUGCAGGAUACAACUGUAAAGGGGCUGACCCAAACAGAAACUGGAAUUACAGAUGGGGAGGCGUUGGGACAUCCUCAUAUCCUUGCCAGGACACCUACCACGGCAAAAAACCUUUCUCCGAGGUUGAAGUAGCGAGUGUUGCCAGAUAUUUGUAUGGCAUACGUACAAAGCUCAUCGCAUACUACAAUAUCCAUGCCUACAGCCAGCUCUGGAUGACACCAUGGUCAUACACAACGACAUAUCCAAGAGAUUAUGCAGAAAUUAAACGAGUUGCUGAUAUUGCCACACGAGCCUUGACUUCAGUCCAUCAAACCUCUUACCGAGUUGGUCCUCCAUCAAGAGUCAUUUAUUCUGUUUCUGGUGGAAGUAUUGAUUGGACUUAUGGUGUCCUUGGGGUGAAAUACUCAUACGCUCUGGAGUUAAGAGACAAAGGCCAGUACGGCUUCAUUCUUCCAGCAAGUCAGAUCAUACCAACCGGAGAAGAAACUUUCAAAGCCUUGCUUGCAGCAGCCAAGGAAUACCAGUAACCGGAAUACCAGUAACCGGAAUACCAAUAACCUGAAUCAAACGACAACAACUUAUUAACAUGCUCAAAUAUUCCUAAUCUGAAUAAACUUCUGUUUGCAAAAUAAUAAGAUUUGAUAACGAUAGAAUUACACCCAUGA